AUGCCGCGGAAAGCGAAACUUUUCAAUGUUAAAUGCGUGGAUGAAAUCAAACGUGGAGUAUAUCGUUCGCGCUUCACUUGUGCAGACAUCAAGAAGAAGUACUCCAAAGAGGAACCGGCUGAAGAAACCAACACGUUCGCACCAACUCCGCAUGAAGAAUCACACAUUCUUCUCGAGCUCAAGUGCCUCCUCAAUGGGUGGCACUCCCGCUCCGGAGACGUCAGGUGUGCAUAUCUCUUAGGCACCGAUUCGGGCGACAGUAACGGUCAACCAGUGUUCAUGCGCAUGCCUCCCGAAUACUUGCCUCAUUUUUAUGCUUGGUUGGAUACCCAAGACUCCGAGACGAAAGCAUUAUACAUGUCGGUAGAUCCGUUGAAAGAAGUAGUUCUGGAACUUGUGGGAAACCUGUACGGCAGGCGGCCUGCUGGAAGUAACCACCGAAAGGAGUUUGAAGAGGUUGUCACACAUGGUUUGAUCACCAAGGGGUAUCAGUUCAUUCGUGGCACCCGUGACCCGACAAUGUACACAUGUUGCAAAACCGAUGCGUCAGACAAAGACCUGGAGUUCCUGCAGUCAGACGAGGGCCUUGGCAAAUACCUCGACAUGAAGAACGGCGGCAUCGAGACACCAGGUGAGCGGGCACAACGCACGGAGAGCAACACGCUGCCGAUCGACGAACAGAAGGUGGACUGGUCCAACUUGAUUGUGCUGGCGGGCACUCCCGCCUCAUCUUCCGGUGGAGCAGAAACCCGUGCAUUGAGCCGAGGGGCGCGCGACGUUAUGUUCAUCAAACAGUUGGCCGAGGAGGAUUUCCGCUUGAGACUAGGCCAACCCCGGUUGUGGACAGAUGCAACCACGGCACUGCAAACCGCCAAGCGUCUAGGUGCCGGUAGCAAGAUGCGUCAUAUCGAGCUUGCCGCAGUGUACGUUCAGGAAGUGGUCCAUCAAAAGUUGGUCAAAGUGGGAAAAGUUUCCGGUGAAUUGAACCCGGCCAAUUGCCUCACGAAGCAUUUGAGCGCUGUCCUGAAAGAGCGGUGCGUAUCUGAUCUAGGCACGGUGGACAUGAGCAAUUCCGACCUUCGCACCCUGUUGCAAGAUGCGGCUGAGAUACAGCUUGUAGCUUCGCUUGUCUCCGAGCGUGUGCAAAGACAGAGGCUAACACCGUGGAAGCCUAAUUUUGCCGUUAUCGUUGAUGCAAUCCAAAUUUGUGGGGCUCACUUGUGCCGUGAGCGUCCCAUCGCAUAA